AUGUCACGGGCCACCGCCGUCGCCCCGAAGCGGCAGAGCUGGCGGCGCGCAAGCGCAGAAUUGGAAAAGAUCUUUAACAACACCGUAGCCCCGGCCGAGAUCCUGCGGGAUACAAAUCCGGAUCUAGCGCUGCUCAGCAGUCGGCUCAUGCCCGCUGACAUUCUCGGUCCGGGCGAAGUCGCAGCGGGGACGACGGGGGAAAGGGUACAGGUCUUGGGAACCCAACGCCGUCUCGCGGAAAUCGUGGAAUUGAUCCACACAGCAACACUCCUGCACGACGACGUCCUCGACCAGGCCGAGACCCGGCGCGGAAAUCCCAGCGCCAAUUCUCUCUCAGGAAACAAGCUCUCUAUCCUGGCGGGCGACUACAUGCUCGGCCGGGCGAGCGUGUAUCUGGCGCGGCUACGAAACCCAGAGGUUAUAGAACUGCUAGCGGAAGUGAUCGCCGAACUGGUCAAGGGCGAGCUCCUCCAGCUGCAGAACACAGCAACCGGCACCACCGCCGACUUCACAAGCAAGUCUUCGCGUGAAGCCCACCUGCGCGAUUCACUCGAGUAUUACCUCGAGAAGACAUACCUCAAGAGCGCUAGCCUGAUAUCCAAGUCAUGCCGCGCGACCGCCGUCCUUGGCGGCGCUACCGAAGACGUCGCUGCGAAAGCGUACUCCUACGGCCGCCACCUCGGACUCGCUUUCCAGCUCGUGGAUGACGUGCUCGACUACACCUCCUCCAACGAUCAGAUUGGAAAACCGGCCGGCGCGGACCUGGAACUAGGCUUGGCCACUGCGCCCGUCUUCUACGCGUGCGAGGAGUUUGGAGAACUCGGGGAACUGAUUGAGAGGAGGUUCUGUCUCGACGGCGAUGCCGAGAAGGCAAGAGCGCUGGUCCACAAAUCAAACGGCAUAGACCGCACGCUCGCACUGGCCGGGUCGUUCUGUGACACUGCGCGGCAGGCCAUAUCUUCGUUCCCGCCGUCCGAGGCUAAAGAUGGGCUGGAGGAGGUUUUGGAAAUGGUGCUUACGAGGAAACGAUAA